AUCGGCUGGAUACAACGGGUCCACUCUGUCUCUCUCUCCUAGAGAAGAAGCUGAUCUCUCUCUCUCUCUCCAAAUUAUUUUCUUUCCGGGCUUGAUAAUGGCGAAUCCAGCGCAAUCAAAGGGAUGGAUUAAGAACUUGCCUUCGAUAGCUUCACGGGUUUACUUCCUCUUGAUCAUCCUCCAGAUCCCUCUCUUCAGGGUUCCAUGUAGAUCUGGAAUGUGUAUGUCGCCAAUCCAUGUGACAUCAUCUCAGUUGAUUUCUAGUGAGAUCUUUCCUGUUCCGGUGAUCAAGGCUCUCCUGUACCCUGGUGCUAUUGUCAAUGGUCUUGCCACGAACAUGACGUUUCCAAAGUGGGAAAAUGUGUUUGAUAUUUACAAUCUCACCAAUGUGAAAGAAGCUUCUGCAGUGACCGAUCUUCAGCGCCUAGAGGUUCUUGCAGGGAGCUAUUUUUCUGUAGCUGGUGCGUUUGUGGGUUUGCUAAAGCCCGGUAGGAUGAGCAUGUUUGGGUCAUUGCUACUAGUUUGGGGUCUUGUCAAAGAAGGGAUCUUAGGGAAGCCAGUGAAUACCGACCCAACCAGAACCGUUUAUGUGUACCCAACCAUGGUGAUUGCGAUGAUCUGCGCCUUCUCUAUGAUAAAGUAUGACUUGAAGAAAGCCACAAGGGCCGCUCCUGCUCGCCCCAUUGCUAAACCUCUAAUGAGCUCUUCGAAAUCUAAGCUGAAGUGAGUUUUGAACGUGCAGUAGGGCUUGUUUUCUUGUCUUUCCUGCAAAUAGCGUGAUAGGAAAAUGACUCUACAGUCUUCACCGUGUUAUUAGCACUCAUGUAUCCUGAGUUUUGUGAGUUGUUUAUUUUGUGUACUCUACUCCUUUUUCAGCAAUUGAAUUCUUAGUUUUCUUCCCUUCUCAAA